CCUGUUGAAUACACCUGUCUCAAUGUUCUACAGGACUAAGAAGACCGUGGCUGGAUCUUCAGGCUGGUUGUGGCAUCAUCCCAGUCCCACCGCACUGAGCCAGGCUGAGGAACACAGGAGUGCCCUGGCAAAGGGACAGUGAUGGAGGUGCCACUGGUUAACUUUGAGAACAUGGAUGAUAUCGGCAUCAACAUGGGCGUCCCCGGUGAUUCGGGGUACCCCACUUCACCCACUUCAGAGGCAGCGCCUGAUCAGAACCCUGUCACCAAUCGUGUGAUGUCACCAAAUCCAUCACAGCACCGUGGGCACCAGACCAGGCCAGAGGGGUUUUCUCCCUCUACAACGCCUAUACGGACGACUAAAGACCCGUCUAGCUGCAACAGUCUGCUGUCCAACUUCAAACUCCUGAUGAACAGUGAAGGCUCGCCGACCGACAGUGUCUUCAGUAAGCUGGUUCAGGAGUGCUGUGAUAACGAAGAAGACCUGUUUGGGGAGAAACUGGGAGUGGAGGACAGGGAUCAGAAAGUGGUCAUCAAUAUUUCAGGCAUGAUGUUCGAGACACAACUCAAAACUUUAUCGCAGUUUCCAGACUCCCUGCUGGGAGACCCCAUGAAAAGGAUGGAAUACUUUGACCCGAUGAAGAACGAGUACUUUUUCGACCGGAACCGUCCCAGCUUCGAUGGGAUCUUGUACUUCUAUCAGUCUGGGGGCAAAGUCCGAAGACCGGCCAACGUCCCCUUAGAGAUUUUUGCAAGAGAGAUAGUAUUCUAUGAGUUAGGAAGAGAAGCUAUGGAACAGUUCCGUGAACUUGAGGGGUUCAUAACAGAACCCGAGCCGCUGUUGCCAACCAACGAGGUCCACAAGCAGUUCUGGCUCCUGUUUGAGUAUCCGGAGAGUUCCAGUGCAGCUAGGUCAGUGGCCUUGGUAUCUGUCUUCGUCAUUGUCAUCUCUAUCUUCAUUUUCUGCCUGGAGACUCUGCCAGAGUUCCGUGACGACGUAGACUUUAUCACCACCUUUUCCCUGGGUGUCAAUGGAACCCAGGAGGGUCCUCCUAUAGUCCAAAAAGACUUAUUCGCCUAUUUCACAGACCCCUUUUUCAUUGUGGAAACCAUCUGCAUAAUUUGGUUCUGCUUUGAGCUUGGCGUACGCUUUGUGGUCUGCCCGAGCAAAAGUGAAUUCUUCCACAACAUUAUGAACACCAUUGACAUUGUCUCUAUAAUACCCUAUUUCGUAACCAUGGCUACAGAGCUGUGGACCACGCCAGAUGAAGACAUCAACUCCAGCCAAAACAUGUCACUGGCCAUCUUACGCAUCAUCCGUYUAGUGCGAGUCUUCCGAAUCUUCAAGCUGUCGCGACACUCCAAGGGACUUCAGAUCCUGGGCCAGACCCUGAAGGCUAGUAUGAGGGAGCUGGGUCUGCUGAUCUUCUUCCUCUUUAUUGGAGUCAUACUGUUCUCCAGUGCCAUUUACUUUGCUGAGGUGGACGAGCCCCACACACAGUUUGUCAGUAUCCCUGACGGGUUCUGGUGGGCUGUGGUGACAAUGACCACUGUGGGAUACGGGGACAUGUGUCCUACUACUUUGGGAGGCAAAAUGGUGGGGACUCUCUGCGCCAUUUCCGGCGUGUUGACCAUCGCCUUACCCGUCCCUGUUAUCGUCUCCAACUUUAACUAUUUCUACCACCGGGAGACAGAGCAAGCAGAGAAACAAGUGAUUGACGAUGCAGCAGAAGCAGCUCAGAAAAUAACCGACGCAAACAAGUAUGAGUAUGGUAGCACACCCUCUCUUAACAUUAACACAAUCAAUGGUAGCUUGCAGAAUGACAAGAAUGGCAUGUAAUGGGUUUAUCAUUUAAGUGAUUAUAACCAAGGACAUGACAAACUGAGAAAUCUAACAUAUACCAAAAUGUACUGAUAUUAUUUUUGUCUCAGUAUUUUAUACUCUAUUCAUUGCAGCGUUGGUCCACAUAGUAGGCUAUACUAUACAUCUCUUUCACAAUGUUCAAAAUAAGGAAGUAAUAUUAGUUAUCAGCCUGACUGUUCAGCAUGUGGAUGUGUCAA